AUGAAGCAUCAUACUCGCUUUUUUGCUCUUCUCCUGUUCCUUCUUUCUGAUCUGAAUAGCAUUAUUGGUUGCCAUGACAAUGAAAGAGCUGCUCUCUUGAGUUUCAAGUCCUUCCUUAGAGACCCUUCGAAUCGGUUGGCUUCGUGGCAAGGCAAAAACUGCUGCUUCUGGCAUGGAAUUCGCUGUUCAGACUCGAACGAUGUCAUCGUUGUGAAUCUCACGAAUCCUAAUCCAGGGAGCCUCAUUCUUAACUCAAACUCAAAACUAGUCUCAACUUCCAAUAAUGUUACAUAUGCUGCUCUGGAAGGUACAGUUUCUCCAUCUCUCUUUACCCUUAGUCGUAUUCGUUAUCUUGAUCUUAGCUUCAACAAUUUCUUGUUUUCCAAGAUACCCACUGGAUUGUCCAAUCUCACAGAACUCACCCACCUCAGCCUUUCCAAUGCCAUGUUCAAAGACACGAUUACUACUCAGUUUGCAAACAUCACAUCACUGAGAUUGCUCGAUCUCUCAUGUUCGUAUUUAGUACCUGACACAUCAUCCAUUUCAUAUAACUUGACCUCCUCAAAAUCCUAUGCUGGUUCUCUUUUGUCAUAUAUCAAAAGUGGCGAGAUUUCCUCCUCAAGUUUGAAUUGGUUAAUGGGGCUUCACAAUCUUAGAGUACUAAAAUUGAGCGGUGUUGAUCUAUCAGUGGCAUCUCAGUCAAGUGAAUGGGCUAAACCGAUAUCAAUGCUUUCCAAACUGAAAAUCGUUCAACUAUCCGACUGUGAAAUUGUUGGCAAACUCCCCAUAAAUGAUUUUCUUAACCUCACUCAACUCUCUUCUCUCGAAAUGGACUACAACUUCCUAACCUCCUCAAUACCAACACAGCUAGCAAAUAUCACUUCUCUUUCGAUCCUCGAUCUCUCGAGCUCUAACUUACAGGGUUUUCUCCCUUACCUUCCCCAAUUGAGAGAACUUCACAUAAGCAACAACCCUGGCAUCACUAUUGAUCUGAGUUCAAUGUUCAGAGCCCCUUGGGGCAAUCUAGAGAUACUAGAUAUUGGAUUAAAUCAUGUUAAUGAAUCAAUUCCGACUUUCAUUGCCAACAUGUCUUCGUUGUUGUAUUUUUCAGCAGAGAGUUGUUCAAUUCAUGGACCCAUACCUUCUUCCUUGUACAACCUGUCAAAACUAGAAUACUUAAUUCUCAAUUUCAAUUACAUUACAGGCAAUCUUUCUUCAUCAAUCUCCAAUUUACAAAGCCUUCAAUACUUGUCUUUAUUCCAAAAUUCUCUACAAGGACACAUCCCAGAUUCAAUAUGUCAAAUCUCCUCCCUACAAUAUCUACAUUUAGCAAGCAAUAAAAUGACAGGGGAAUUACCUGAUUGCAUUCGCCGGCUUACCAACCUCAGUGUUCUUAUGCUUAGUGAAAAUAACAUAACCGGUAUUAUCACUUCAUUGAUGUGGUUGUUCCAAAACUCCAGUCCAUCUAUGAUUGGCCUGGGAUCAAGUGGGCUAACUGUAAAAAUUGGCCGAUACCCAUUUUCACCCAACUUUCAGCCAAUCCAGCUGGACCUGAGUUCAUGCAGUAUAGGGGGAGGCAUACCGGAUUUUGUUUCAAAUCUGACAAAUCUUGAGUACCUAAGUUUGGCGGAUAACAACCUGUCGGGGACAAUACCAUCUUGGCUGCUCAACCUUCCCAUGCUGGGGUACUUGGACCUUUCUUCCAACAAUCUGCAAGGAGUUGUCCCACCUAAUAUUCGGCUUCAACAAUUUUUUGGACCAACAACACUGAACUUAGCAGGAAACCACUUGGAAGGGCCUAUUCCUUUCCUUCCAGAAACCAUAGAAGCCGUUGAUUUAUCCAGGAACAAUUUCACAGGUGGUAUACCGAUCCAAGUUGGAGGGCUUCAAAAUGUCAAGUACUUAUCUUUUUCAAGUAACCUGCUCUCUGGACCUAUCCCCCUCUCCUUUUGUCAUACAAACAAUGUUCUGAUGCUCAUCGAUCUAUCGAAUAACAGCCUGUCGGGGACAAUCCCUGCAGGUCUAGGCAACUGUACGUCCCUCAUUUCUCUCCACCUUGCUAGGAAUAAUCUCAGGGGAAACAUCCCCAAUGAACUCAAGGCUGCAACUAGUUUGAUAUUUUUACAACUAAAUGGAAAUCAUUUUAGCGGUCCGUUCCCAACUUUCAUUCGAGAGCUUCAAAAUCUGGAAGUCCUGAAUCUGGGAAAUAACAAAUUCGAAGGAAAUAUUCCACGUUUCAUCGGAGAUCUUCAAAAGCUCCGAAUCCUUGUGUUGGAAUGGAACUCGUUCAACGGGUCAAUCCCAAAAGAGAUCAACAAUCUAUGGGACUUGCAAUUUAUUGGCUUCUCCAACAAUAAACUCUCUGGUGCCAUCCCUGAUAAAUUGCAAUGCUUUAAGAUGCUGACAAGCAGGCCUAGAAGAAACAUUAUAGGCCGCAUCAUCUCAUUUAUGUAUAGUGGUGUUGAUCUAAACAUUGUGAUCAAAGGACUACCAUAUGAACUUGAUGUGAUCUUCACUGACAAUAGUGGGAUAGAUCUUUCGUGCAAUUUGUUGACAGGACUGAUUCCACCUGAAAUAGGCCUUCUUGAAGGCCUGUUUAUGCUGAAUCUUUCACGUAACAGUCUAUAUGGUGAAAUCCCAAUGAGCAUAGGUAAAAUGAGUGAGUUGGAGUCACUUGACCUUAGUUUCAACAAUUUGAGUGGGUCGAUUCCAAUGGCAUUGGCAUCAUUAGACUUUCUAUCAUACUUGAAUCUGUCCUACAACAAUUUGAGUGGUGAAAUUCCAAAAGGGAUGCACUUUGAUACGCUGUUCGGAGAUGGAUCACCAUAUAUUGGGAACAGGUUUUUAUGUGGUGCUCCUGGCAUCUCAGUAUUUGUUAAAGAAAAAUGA